AUGGGAAUUUUGUCUGACCCGGAUAGGAGAAGCUCGCUGGUUGAGCUGGCUACUAAGUAUGGCAACUUGGUCGCAGUUCUUCUCUACAUUCUAAACUUUGUCGCCUUCCUCGCCCUUUUUCAUCCGAUGUUGCGCGAGAGAACUUACUUUUCGGAAAAUGCGCUGCUAGCUAAUCAAGUUGAACUGACGUUCAAUAGCGAACAUACGGCUGCUAAACUGGAAAGGGAAAUGCGCGAACUUGCCUCGGCUAAACGACAAAUGCCUCACGAUUGGAUUGUUGAUAAAUUAGUUGAAACGGAUAUUGAAGCUUAUGUGCAAAAUUUCACUGUUUUCCACCCAUUUAUGAAGCAGCCGAAAACAGGUCGAAAUGUUUAUGGGAUCAUGCGAGCUCCUAGACACAGUAGCACAGAAAGUAUAGUAUUCGCUAUUCCUUAUGACAUAAAUACUGUCUACAAAAGUAUUCCUCUAAUGUUGGCGUUAGCUCAGCAUUUUAGAAACCAAAUUUAUUGGGGCAAAGAUUUGAUUUUCGUGUUUUCGGAUUCGAAGCUAAAUGGACUGCAAGCCUGGCUGCAGGCGUAUCACGGGCACCCGGAGUCGGGUGCCAUUAAGGGCUCAAGGCUUGAAACUAGAGGAGGUAGUAUUCAAGCGGCUCUGAGUAUUGAAAUCAGCCAAUCAUCUUGCGACGGGCUUAACUUUAUACUCGAAGGAAUGAAUGGACAACUACCCAAUCUCGACUUGUUCAACGUUAUGGAUAAGUUGACAAGGUCAAAUGAUGGUAGCGUGUAUCUUCACGGAAGAAGAGAUCCUCCCACUAGGGAUUUGUUCCAGAACUGUCUAGGAAUGGUUAAAACGUCGCUCUUAGGCAUGUGGCAACAAGCUUCUGGGCGCCCAGUUUCAGGACACUCCCUCUUUUUGCCAUAUCACAUAGAUGCUCUGUCAAUCAAGUGCCAGAGUGAUUUUGUUCUCGCGGCUUCUGGACGUAAUAGAAUCCCAAACAUGGGCUAUGCCAACAUCGCGAGGACUAUCGAAGGAACCGUGAGGUCAAUUAACAAUCUGCUGGAAAGGUUUCACCAGUCGUUUUUUUAUUACAUAAUGCCAAGUACUAAUAAUUACAUAUCAAUUGGGCUUUACAUUCCAGCAUUGGUGAUUUGUCUGCUUUCUAGUGCAAUAGUAGCAAUUUCUCUGUGGCACAAAUCGCUAGAAGUUUUGCAUGUGUUUGAGCAGCCGGAUAUUCCAAGUUUGAGAAUUAUUCCGGACGUGACUUCGGUUUUCAGAAUUCUGAUUUCUGCGUUUCUGUUACCAAGCGCUGUUUACUUCGCGGUUCCUUAUUUCAAUGAGUUCCAACUGCAGUACCUCUUAGAUGAAAGUAUCGACAACGCAGAUAUUUUGAUGCUGACUUUUCUGAUGGCAUUUUUAGCCAUAGUUACUAUACCAUUAUACAUGCCUUCACUUUAUUGCCAAGAAAAAUUAACAAUGAGUCAACGUCAAGUGUACAAAUCAAUUGCAAUGUUUUUGAGCAUCAUCGGAAUAGGGUGUAAUUGCGUGGCCAACUUUUCGUUGACUUAUUUCAUAGCAAUUAUAGCGGUGCCUUUGAUGAAUUUGACAGCUCCAUCUAAAUGCAAAUUUAUGCGAAGCAUUCAAAAAUUAAUAUGCUUAAUCAUAUCGCCUCUUACCAUUGUUUUAGUGAUGCCUGUUGUUUCAUUUAGCUACAGUUUUCCUGGUGAAGAGAUAAACUUGGACGUAUGGUACUCGCAAGUGAAAGGACUCAUUUCUAAGGUGGUACAUGAAAGUUAUGUCCAUAACUCGGCCAUGCUGUGGCAAAUGUGGGCUUUGUUUAUACCGCUAUGGCUUCUACACUGGUUUAUGCUGUGGUUGCCUAUAGUUGAAAGUGACCAAACGGAGUCUUGUCUCUUAAAUAAACCUGAGUCUGAAAUUGAAAAUAACCUGAAAUCUGAAACUGAGAAUGAAAUUCAUCAGAAACCUGAAACCGAGGAAGUUGAAGUGCAAGAAAUUGAGAAUGAAGACAAAAUAGACAAAGAAAAAUGA